GCGUUUAUUACAGUGACGACGUUUUCCUGCUCUUGCAUGCAAAGAAAAUGGGAGGGGCUUGUAAUUGAAAGUAAAAAUGCCCAAGAACAAAGGGGGAGCAUCAGGAGGUGGUGGUGGAGGGAAAGGGAAGGCCAAGGGAGCCAAAGCAUCAGGUGGUGCUGAAGGCAGUGGUCCAGCCAAGAAGUCCGGAGGAGGGAGCUCAGCUGUUAAAGUGAGGCAUAUUCUCUGUGAGAAACACUCCAAAGUGAUGGAAGCCAUGAGCAAGCUGAAGGAGGGUAAGAGAUUCAGCGAGGUAGCCACAACGUACAGCGAGGACAAGGCCAGACAGGGGGGAGAUCUUGGUUGGAAGACUAGGGGGUCCAUGGUGGGGCCAUUCCAAGAAGCAGCCUUCAGAUUGGAACCCAGUACUCCUGACAGACCGGCCUAUACUGAUCCUCCUAUUAAAACUCAGUUUGGAUACCACAUCAUAAUGAUAGAAGGAAAGAGAUGAACUCAUAAACUUAUUUUCAUUGUAUAAAAUUGUCAAUUAAAAAUAAAUAAACCAACAAAACCGUGUAUAUUUACAUACACAAAAUACAAUAAAAUUACAAGAACGUG